AUGCUCGACGCCUCACCCGCGAUCCUCCCAGACCCCGCCAUCGGCGCGCGGCUCUGCUUCUGCCUUCUCUACGCCGACGCGCGCAGCGCGCGCACCGACGGCCUGCGGCCGCGGUACGUGUCUAAAGUGCUCGGGACGGUCGUGCUCGGCCGGGGCGGGUCCGGGGCGGGGCCCGACGAGGGGGUGCCCGACGACGAGCCCGACGACGCCGACCUGACCCUGGCCGAGGCCCGUUUUAUUACGGGUGAUUUUAUUAGUUGCGCCAUCCUGCCGCCGGACGAGCUCACCGGCGACGUCGCGCCCGCGACCAGUGCUAGGAUGGGCCGUGGGGCGGGCGUCGGCGAGGCUAGGGGCGGUGGGCAUGUCGGUGCGCCGUUGCCGUUUGCGGGGCCGUCGAGGCAGAGGGAUUAUGCCGCGCCCGGUGGGUACAGUGGGGGUGGGAGGGGGUCUCGGAGUGGUGGUUCGCGGGGUGGUUAUGGGGGUGGUGGGAGGUUUCGUGAGCGGGAGGAGCCGUUUGGGAGGGGAGGCUUUCGGAUGCCGGAGGGGGAGUGGAGGAGAGGAGAUAGAUUGCCUGAUGGCCCUCCCGAUAAUGGACGGUGGGGGAGAUGA